CAAACAUGGCAUUUGGUUUUGUUCAGGCGAUGGGGGGUUAGUUAGGCAUUACGAUGGGAAGAAGAGGCAUGAUUUUAUGGGAAGCUUGUGCUUCGAGCCAAUACAGGGACUACCAGGUUUUUUUUUUUUUUUUGCGAGUUUUCUUUUACUGCGUGCCUUUCUUGCUUAUCUGUGAUCUGUGUACUUUGUAUGAUGCUCUUUUUCUUUUCAAGUUGAUGUUGGAACUACUUGUAUAACACGUUGUAUUCGCCUAUCCCGAAUAUUUGAGAGAUUUCUUACUUGCCCUUGUGGAUUGAGAUGCUGUCCCGAUGACGAUUGUGUUUUUCUGGUGACCGAGGUUGGAUUACAGUGAAAACGUGCCCCACGCCACGCCCCAGCUGAAGUUGACAAUCCCCGCAGUGGAUCUCUUGAGCGAGAAAAAAAUGGAAGCCGGGAUUCGCUUCUUACUUGGAAAAUACGUUGGGGCAGAAUCUGAUGGGUCGUUGUGUGUCAUGGAUUAAGAAGCAGCCGUUUGGUCAUUAUUCUUUUGGUGUGUAUGCUGCCAUGAUUUGCUUUGGAGGAGGAGAGCGGUCCGUUCAAGUCGUGUGCUUGGUUAAGUAGGGGAAGGUUGAAAUUCGUCAGAUUGUCUCAUCGGGUUUGAUUGUCUUAUAAUGGGCCUUGAACUGUUAUAGAAUGCCGAGGCACAGCCUGGAUUAAAGCAAGAUCGGCCCUGCAGACCUGUUCAUGUAGACGCAUGUAUCUCUUACAUAGGUACAUACAGUAGGGCACAUCCAGCGUUCAAGGAACAGGGGCAGUGAGUAGUUUGCAUCAUUACCUUACCUAAUCCAACCUGGAGCAGCACCAAUGUUGCAAGCUGAACAGCACGCAAGCAACACCAAACAACUUACCGGUUAACGGAGGCUUUUUGUGAACCAGGGCGUAGAGACUGACGUUAAGUCGUUACCUAAGACAAUUUGUCUCACCAUGGAAAAAAGGAAUUUCCUCCAUCCGGCAGCCGCAAAAAAAAAAAAACGCCUCCCAAAACCGUCAAAAGGCGUAGUCGUGACAUCAUCGUCAUGACGAAAUCGUUUUGCAAGCCAAGGGCAUUCUUAGUAUAGAGAAUAUACUUUGGGCGAAAUCGAGAUGCUAAGAGGGGAAAAUUAAAGACGUAAUUGAUUGUUUUUUUUUGCUAGGUAGGUUAGUUCACUGGCCUUUAGCUCCUGCCUUGCCGAUGAAGUUGGGCGGAAUACAAAUACCUGCUGGGUUUGCCUCCUUUUUCUUUUUUCUUGUAAGAUCUGAGAUCUGAAAUAAAACGAAACCUCCUAAGACGACGAUACAAUAAAUCUUCUUUGGCCUCUUCAUCGCCUCAUCUUCUCGAAUUCAUCACAGUAAUCGAACCAUUUCAAAAAUGUCUCUUCAAUACUUCCCUGCCGUCAAGCCCUCGGCCAUCGCCCUCGGCACCUUCUUCAACCACGGCGUCGACCUCGUCGUCCUCGCGCCCAUCUUCGGCCAGACCUACCACCGCGCAAAGGCCUCCAACACCAAGGAGGAGUUUAUCCGCUCGCGCGAGGCCGGCGGCGCCGCUCUCGCCUGGGGCACGUCCUUUGUGGGCUCGGCCCUGCAGAGCUACGGCGUGGGUGCGCUGCUCAAUGCCACGGGCACGCUGAGCCACAAGGGCGCGGCGUAUCUGGGCGCUCUCAUCUUUGCCGCGACUUCAGCUCCCAGCUUCAUCACUCAGGUCUUCAGUGAAAAGAGGCCUCUUGACACCGUCGGCGUCAAUGUCGCUGCCAAAAUACUCGAGACUGUCGGCCUGGCUCUGGUUCUCAACUGGUGGGGAACCAGGACCAACCCCUUUGAGUAA